AUGUUCAACUACUAUUCGAAGACGACCUACGAUCAAUACACAUCCCAAUCAUCUCCCAACUCUCGUAACCUUGGAUUUCCGUCAUAUUACUACCCUACCGCAUAUCAAAAGCAACCAAAUCAUGCGCUCAGUCCACGUCAGGCUGAAGCUGUUGAACGUCAGGCGCCAACAAGCGCUUUCACGCAGAAAGAUCCCGCUCCACCUCCGCUCAAUGACACUCCAAACGGCCCUGUGCACAUACCAACGAAGAAGAACACCGUGCCACACGACUAUUUGACGUUUAUUGCUGCACCGGUAGGACACAAGUCUUACGGGCAUUACCCUGAAUUCACUGGGAUUAGUCCAAAACCCGCUCAAGGACUACCUGCGGAGCCUCAUCCUUGGCAAGUGAAAACCCCUAAGUUUGCAGUGGACUACAUCGCGGACGAGAACAGCUACGAGAACGACAGACGUGGACAGAGAUGUGAGCUGGAGAUGAGAGCGAAAGUGAGACAGCGAGCGAGAUGGAGUGUGAAUCGAGACGAGAUGAUUCCAGAUGAGCAGCCGAACGCGACGAUGGAGACGAAAGUCACCGGUCAAGGCCAACCGAAGCGUGUCGGUCGCUGGACCCUGGCACAACUCAGACAGACCGAUGGUAUUAUUCCGAGCCAGGCCGGAUGGAAUAAGGGAGACUCCCAAAAGCUGAUGACAAACUUCGGUACACCAAGAAACACUUCAACCAGAGUGAAAGCUGAAAAUCUCCAGGAAAUUCCCGAGGAGAUCGCUCAACGUACCCAUGGUGAAGUGCGCCUUCAAUCUGGUACCAACAAAUUCAGUUCACAGCGUGGUAUGACCGGCUUCGGUACUGGUCGUGAUGUGUGCCGAGAGGGAAAGCACGUCAACACCAACCCUUCAGAUCUAGCGGAACUUCCGGUAGUUAGUAAGAGAUUGCUGUCUGUAUGUGUAUUGUGCGUCUGCAAGCCGGUACCAACAAGUAUGAUUCCCAAAAGGUCGGGUAUGACUGGCUUCGGUACGACCCGUCGUGAGACCACAAAGAUGCUCGACACCAAGCAUCCCGAAUACGAUCACGAGCGGCCGGAUCAGUCAGAGAUUCCGCUGCAAUCCGGAACCAACAAAUUCGCUUCACAGAAGGUUGACAACAAUCCCCAGCCAAAUGGGUUCAAACAAAUACGCUUCCCAAAAGGGAAUGACCGGCUUUGGACAACCACGUUGGGAGGUACUCGACCCCUCGAUUUCGUGGCAGAACCGCAAAUCUCAGGGCAUGGUCCGCCUUCAAUCCGGUACCAACAGAUCGCUUCGCAGCAGGGUAUGACUGGUUUCGGUACGAUCAGGAACACGACCUACGAGGCAGAGGGCGGUGAGCUGCCUUACGAGGCCAUGAAAAUCUCCGAGACCAUUAUCCCAAGCCAGGCCGGUUGGAACAAGGGAGAUUCUCAGAAGAAGAUGACGUCAUUCGGUGCGCCACGUGACGUCAAGGGUAAACAUCUGAAGAGAAUCUGGGAACUCGAAUAUCCCGAAGAGGCUGAGGUUUCCCUCGAUCGUCUGUAA